AUGGCUGAUCUCGAGUUCGUGAUUGAAGCGCCCCAGGUCACUCGGACGAACAAGAAACGUCCACGCCUCGUCACUUCUUGUGACCACUGUCGCGUGAAGAAAAUCAAGUGUGUCCAGCAGCCCGCCUCUGGCAAGUGCGAGGCAUGUAGUUCCGCCAAUCUUGCUUGUCUGUACCGCGACCGGGAGCAGUAUUUUGCCGAGCGCACCCGCAUGCUGUCCGGCGCGGGAUCAGCACUACGGGACGCCUCCACCAACGGGCAAAACAGGGCACACCUAUCUGCAAUCAAUGCAUCUACUCCGACAUCUUCUCGCGGACCAACCCCGCCACACCUCUCUCGUGGGGGCAGUAGCGCGUCCAGCAGCCCCGACCGCUCUUACUCCCCGUCAUUCUUGGAUGACAUGGGCAUUAGCUUCCUCGACAAUAAACUCCAGGACUUCAAUGGUGGCUUUGACUGUCAGUUGUCUAUGCCCACGUGGAAAGACCCCAUACAGCCACUUCCAUGGUCAUCAGCCCGCUACAGUCCCGAUAUGCUUGGUACCGACUUGAGUAUGCAGCUACCCCAAUUGUCUUCCUAUCCCUCGCCACUACUUGGACUGUUCGAUGCAAGCGAUCAUCAGCAUCCACACCCGAACCUCAUGAUGUCAUUCCUGACCGUCUUUUUCGAGAAAUUGGGACCGGCCUAUCCGUUCCUUUCGUCGGGGAACAUUUGCGAGCGGUUCCUUCACAGGCGACUGUCGCCACUACUGGCCAACGCAAUCGCCGCAUCUGCCGCUCGCUUCUCUACGGUCAACGAGAUCGUGCAGAUCGGACCUGCGAAUGCGUCGGAUGUCUACUGUCAGGUAACGAAGAGUCUCAUCCCUUUACCAGGGGCACACACUACGAUCGAGACGCUGCACGCGGUCAUGCUACUAGCUUGGGUUGAAUACAAGAGGGGGAGGCAGGCCAUGUUCAAUGACUACGCCCGAAUGGUGACGCGUCUCGCGGCGGAUCUCGGCAUCUCCAACGAAACCCUGCCCCAGCUCACGCGGGUCUCCGAUCCGCAGAGUGCACGUGUGUUCCAGAGCACCUGGCAAGGGAUCCAGCUGCUUGAACGCACCCUCCUUGCCAUGGAGCUUGUCGCACUCUCGGGCUCGACUCUGGGCCGCCAGCACUCCUCAGCCGCAGCGUAUGAGCAGCCUUCGCUGUGGUAA